AUGUCUGAAAUCAAAGCUUUCAUCGUACUGGGGGCCACUGGCCGCCAAGGUGGUGCCGUUGUCGACGCAUUGUUAACGCAUGCCGAAAUCAAGAUUCUCCCAACUCAAGUUUACGCAAUCACUCGACAACCGGCCGGAACCGCUGCUGAUCGCCUACGAGAGAGGUUCCGUGGAAUCAACAUUAUUGUUGGGGAUUUGGGCAACCCCAAUGCCAUCUUCGAACAACUCAACCCAGAAACGUUGAGUCAGUCGGGAGUCUUCCUCGCCCAAGCCCAUGGACCAACCGAGCUACCAGACGGAAAGGCAUUUAUCGACGCCGCGGUGGCCUACGGCAUACCUUACUUCGUGUAUUCAUCUGUGGACCGCGGUGGACGCGAACUGAGCGACGCGGACCCCUCAUACUGCAAAACAUUUUCAGACAAGUUCUACAUUGAACGGCACCUGAAAAAUGCCUGUAGUUCUAAAGAGGUCGGAACGCAUAACAUGGACUAUACCAUCAUUCGCCCAACUUGGUUUGCUGACAAUGCCUGGUGGGGAUUUCCCGGCCAGCUGUGCAUGACUGGAUGGAGGGAUAACCUGGGAGGGAAGACAUUGCAAGUUACGGUCACCAAAGACAUUGGCAGAUGGGCAGUCGAGGGUCUGGUCAGGCCCGACAGAACCGGCAUACGAAACCAAGCUCUCUCAAUUGCAAGCGAUGAAAUCAGUUUCGACCAGGUUGACGCGGCUUUCAUAAAUCAUACAGGCAGGGGCGUUCCGGUCACAACAGGGUUUUUGGCAAGAGGUAUCAUCUGGUUGGUCAACGAUCUGAAUACAAUGUUCCGAUUUAUCGGCGACAGAGGCUAUGGAGCCGACUUGCCGUGGUUAAAGACUCACUUGAAGCCAACAACGUUCUACGAAUGGGUCCAGAGCGAAACAUGA